CAACCCCUCUAACCACUUACAACCUCAACCUAGCUACUAUUUCAUACAACAUUCACUCAUUCUUUCUUUCAUUUGUUCCUUCAUUCUACAACUCUUAUUUUUGCAUGACAACAGUGGUCUACAUGUGUCCUCUUAGCACCAACGACUUGCUUCGAAUUUUCGAGAAGCUCGACAGGAAUGGUGACGGGCAACUGAGUCUCGAGGAGCUCAGCUGGCUCCUCGAGAGGAUUGGCAUGCAGUUCAGCCUGCACGAGCUCGAGUCCUUGGUGGGGAAACCGAGCCUCGACUUCAAUGAAUUCUUGUUCUUCUACAAGUCCAUAUCCAUGCAGCAAAAUAACAAGAGUGACGACAAUCGCCAUGAAGACGGUAACAUUCAUGAGGAGGUUGGCCCUGAUGAAGAUGAGAGUGACCUUGUGAAGGCAUUCAGUGUGUUUGAUUUGAAUGGCGAUGGCUUCAUUUCCUGUGAGGAGCUGGAGAGCGUGCUGAGGAGAUUAGGAGUUUUGGAGGAGAAUAGCAGUCGUGACUGCAGGACCAUGAUUCACGUGUACGACACCAACUUGGAUGGCCUGCUUGAUUUUCAGGAAUUCAAAAACAUGAUGUUUCAAAAUACCAUCUCUUAAUUAAUUAUUGCAUAAUUAUUUGAAUUUUGCGUGCAAGGAUCUGCAACUUCAAUACUUUUCUGCAGAAUAUAUUUUUGUGUAAUGAUAAAUGUUAGUGUCCUGGAUAUGAGAGGUAACAGAUAUUAUAUAUAUCGGUUUAUAUUAUCCAACCGGAGGUUUGAACUAUCAAUCAGACUGAUUCUUGAUUAAGUGUGUGGUCUAGAUUUAUAGUCUAACAACGUAAAUAUUUAUCUAUCGUGAGAAUUUCCUCGGGUAAGAUAUGUGUAAGGGGGAGACAGAUUUUUGCACUUGUUCUGAG